GACCAAUCCAGUCGUCAGUUCAAGUGAUCCACUCAGUACGCAAACACAUCGGUGUCUAUACUCGCCGCACCAUCCGAAAGGAGCUCAUCGUCUUCUUCCUGGACCUAGAAAAGUGGCCCAAAAUAAUAACAUCACCAAAGUGUCUAGGUACAAGAUAGUACCGCUACCCGUUACUCCCAAGAUCUUAGUCAUCACGUUGAAAGUUUUACCAGAGCAUAUUGAAAAUUUUAUCAUGUAUAGUUUGUAAAUUGUGACUGUCCAGCGAAAUAAAAAAAAGUCUAACGAAGGUGUGAUAAAACUAGAUAGAUAUCUACCAGACAAUAUAAACAAAUAGUGAACGUUUUGUUCUGUGUUCUAAAAAUCAAGGAGAUGUUGUCCGAAAACGAAACCUAUCUUGGACUGGAUCUGAGCACCCAAAAGUUGAAAGCUGUCCUUUUAAAUGCGAAACUGGAAAAUGUUGCCCACGCGGAGGUCAAAUUCGACUCGGAUCUUCCAGAGUUCCGCACCAGCGGAGGAGUUAACGCCGGGGCUGCCAGAAAUGAAUUCUACGUCCAACCGGUGAUGUGGGUCAAGGCACUGGACAUGGUGCUCGACCGGCUGGUGGUGCAGGGAGGUGACCUGAGCGCGGUGAUGGCCGUCAGUGGAUCCGCCCAGCAGCACGGUUCUCUGUACUGGUCGCGCAGUGGUUUGAACACAUUGCGCAAUCUGGACGCCGACAAGUUUCUACACACCCAAAUCGACGAUUCGGCAUUUACCGUGCAUCGGACACCCAUCUGGAUGGACAGCACUACGGGGAAGCAGUGCGAGGAAAUGGAAACUGCGGUCGGAGGCCGUGAGAAAAUGGUGCAAAUAACGGGAUCCAAGUGCUAUGAACGAUUCACAGGGCCCCAGAUCAGGAAGGUCUAUCAGCAGCGACCCGAUUGCUAUCGGAACACGGAGCGAAUUUCGCUGGUCAGCAGUUUCCUGGCAUCCAUUUUCUUGGGAGAUGUGGCACCGAUCGAUCUGGCCGAUGGUUCCGGAAUGAACCUGUUGGACAUUCGGGAACGGGCGUGGUCCGAGGUUUGUUUGCCGGCGUGUGCUCCGAACUUGGACUCGAAGCUGGGAAAACCGGUUCCAACUAAUUCUAUCAUAGGAACGAUCGGACAGUUUUUCGUGCAGAGAUACAAUUUUAACUCGGCUUGUAAGGUGGUGGCAUUUACCGGGGACAAUCUCUCCGCGCUGGCGGGAAUGGUCGUUGGAAAGGAAUGGCUAGCGUUGUCUUUGGGAACCAGUGACACGGUCAUGAUGCGACUCAGCGAACCCCCAAACUUGCUGGAAGGUCACGUGUUGGUGCACCCCACUGACGAAGGUUACAUGGGGUUGUUGUGUUUCCGAAAUGGGUCCCUCGUUCGAGAUAUUUUCAAACGAGCCGAAGCAAACGAUAACUGGGAGAACUUCAGCGAGCUAUUGGAUUCGACUCCACGUGGCAACUUUGGCAAUAUGGCUUUGCAUUUCAUCUCCCAGGAAAUUUUACCGGCCGUGAAAGGUUCACUCCGUUGGAAUAAGUCCUGCACCUUGGACGAUAACGAACAGGCCAAAGGAGUUUUAAAGUUUAGUUCUCCGCAAGCGGAGAUAAGAGCACUUAUCGAAGGACAAAUGCUAACUCGCAAAGCUUUAGCCACCGAGAUGGGCUUCAGCUUUGGGGACAACACUCGAAUUCUAGCCACCGGUGGUGCAUCAGCGAACAAGUCCAUCCUGCAGGUCGUGUCCGAUGUGUUCAACGCUCCGGUGUACAUCCAGCAGACGACGGAAGCAGCCUUGCUAGGAGCGGCCUAUCGAGCCAAAUACGUGCUGGAAGCAAGACGAGCGAAAGAAGGCGGCAAGGUGGCACUCGAAUCAUACUUCGAAUUCAUUCGAAAACUUCUGCCGGAGCAUAGUGUUACUAGAGUUUGCGAUCCGGCGCAGGACAGUAGCGACAUCUAUGACCAAAUGUUGAACCGAUACCACCAGAUGGUACAGUACAUGAUGAUGCAUCAAGAUUAAUUAGAGAAAGAAAGACAGAUUGGAUGCAUUCCAUAAGUUACAUUCCGGCUUGCAGCAGCGGGCUUUCUUUCCAUCCUACAGCUAGGAGUUACGAAAUAAGCUUGGCGCCGAGCAUAACGAACGCGAUACGCUAACAGUAGUUUAUUCAAUUGUUAUUUUGUGGAGAUAUUAUGUUGGUUGCUUUUAUAUGCAUCAUAGUAGAAUAUAGCGCUAUUAAAAUGUUACUUUCGCAGGAAUAAAUUUUUGAAAAAAAUGAUCAAACAUUA